AUGACGUGGGACGAAGCUCAAGCGACUUGCUCUGGUAUGAGCGGCAGCAUGGCCGUACCCGAUUCCGAUGAAGAGCAUCAGUUGAUUUGGCAAAUGUUCAAGGAGAACUCUCUCAAAGGAAGUCUUUGGAUCGGUUGCAGGCACGAUUCGAUGGAAGGCAGGUACGUGCAGCCAGGCAAUGGAGGUAAGGAGUGUGUAUACACCAAGUGGGCGCCGGGGGAACCGACUGGUAUUAAUGCAUUUUGCGUGCAGCUGUGGGAUGCAGCGGACGGUAGUUGGGAUGACACGGGGUGUACUUGGGAUCACUCUGUGAUCUGUGAGCGUCCUGCCCGUGCGUUUCCCGCCAAUCUGUCCUGCAUGCAGGCUGAUGCUAGCGGCCGCUUCACCGCACCGUAA